GUUCCACAGGUUAUGCCUAUGUUUCCAAUUUCCCCACACCACCUAAGCGACAAUUAGCAUAUGUGGCAGCGUUCAGCCGUAUGGCUACGAUCAAGCAAGUCUACGACUUCUUGUGUGCUCGUCUCAGGAUAAGACCAGAGGACAUGAGGUUAUGGCAUUAUAGGGACGAGAACAACAUGCUUCUUAUUGAGGAUGAAGAACCUACUUUGGAGGAUUUGGGUAUAAUGGAUGAAGACCAGCUUUUGAUUGAAGUCAGGAACAAAGACCUUACUUGGCCUGAAGAAAUGGGAUCACUGGCAAAUCAUUUACAGGACAAGCGUAAACCAUCUGUCCCAGCUGAAAGAGGAGCGACUGGUCUCAACAACUUGGGUAAUACAUGCUUCAUGAAUGCUGCAUUGCAGUGUGUGAGCAACACGAGGGCUCUCACUCAAUAUUUCACAAGUAACAUGCACCUCUAUGAACUUAACAGAGCUAAUCCUCUAGGGAUGAAGGGUCAUAUUGCUAAGAGAUAUGGGGAUUUGAUCCAUGACAUAUGGAGUGGAACUGCAAAAACGAUAGCACCUCUGAAGCUCAGGUGGACAAUAGGAAAGUAUGCACCACGUUUCAAUGGUUUUCAGCAGCAUGAUUCACAAGAGCUGUUGGCCUUUCUUCUUGAUGGGUUACAUGAAGAUCUUAAUAGGGUGCAUGAUAGACCUUAUGUAGAGCUCAAAGACAGUGAUGGAAGACCUGAUGUUAUAGUGGCACAAGAGGCCUGGGAAAAUCAUAUUCUUCGGAACAAGUCGAUUAUAGUGGACCUGUUUCAUGGCCAACUCAAGUCUAAAGUGACAUGUAAAGUGUGUGGCCAUGAGAGUGUGAGGUUUGAUCCAUUUAACUACCUCUCAUUACCACUGCCUAUGGAGAGCUACAUCCAUGUGCAGGUUAUUGUAAUGCGAUUGGAUGGAUCUGUUCCUGUAAAAUAUGGCCUAAGAUUGAACAUGGAUGAGAAAUACAGCAGCAUAAAGGCAGCAUUGUCACCGUUGUGUGGCAUACCAGCUCACUUAUUAAGAUUGGCAGAAGUAACCGCUGCGCAAAUAAAGACUGUACCACCAGAUGAUCAAAAGAUAAAAACUUUGGUCGGUGGUUGCCUCUAUGCUUAUGAGCUUCCUGAGAUGGGUUCAUUAUUUGGAGAGGAAGAAAGACUUUCGAUUUGCUCACAACGCUCUAACAGAGAUGGACAAACAUUUGUCGCAAUCCAGCGGUCUGUACAACCACGCCCACCACCACUGGGUUCAGGUGGUGUUACAAGCAGCCCAGUGCUUCGGGCCAGUGUGGAAUGUGAUCCGCACUCUCUUACAUGUAAUAAUAGGCCAGUUGUAGACGACGGCAGUUCAAGCAAUCCGAAUCCAAACGCGGAGCAACUCCAGGCUGGCUCGUCAUCCCAUCGGCUGAGUGGAAGCAGUGGGAGCAAUGGCAGCCUGCCACCGGAGGAGAUAGCGGCGAUAGCUGCGCGCCAGUCGAGCGGGCACAGCAGUGCCAGCUCCGGCAGCCUGGCUGGCCUCAGUGACACAGACGUGUGCAGCCCGCAGGGCUUUAUCGUCGCACUCCAUCGAAAAAUGAUUCGACAAGAUGUAUAUUUCCUGUCAUCGCAAAAGACAAAACCCAGCCUCUUCGGGUUACCAAUAAUUGUACCGUGUUCAGAAACAACAACUCACCAAGACCUCUACCACGCUGUUUUGGUGCAGGUUGCACGGCUUGUUUCACCGCUACCACCAUCUGAGACAGCAGCACCAAACCAUGCUCAAGACUGUGAUGACAGCCUAGGUUAUGAAUUCCCAUUCGUACUGAAAGCAGUUCAGCGAGAUGGUAUGCAGUGUGCUCUGUGCCCGUGGUACAGAUUUUGCCGCGGCUGUCGCAUACCUUGCUCUGAAGCUGAAUUCAACUUCAGAUGUACACACCUAGCCAUUGAUUGGGAUCCAACAGCUCUACACCUGCGUUAUCAGACAUCCCAGGAAAGGGUUUUUGUGGAACAUGAAAGUGUUCCAUUGACACGGCAACAGCAGUCAGAGCCAAUUGAUCUGGAUUUUUGCUUGGAGGCCUUUACAAAAGAAGAGCAUCUUGGGGAAGAUGAAAAGUAUUAUUGCUCAAAAUGUGGCCAACAUCAGUUGGCAAGCAAAAAGCUUCAAAUAUGGAGGCUACCUCCAAUACUGAUUGUUCAUCUGAAAAGGUUCCAGUUUGUUAAUGGGAAGUGGGUAAAGUCCCAGAAGGUUGUGAAUUUUCCAUUCAGGAAUUUUGAUCCAACAGCCUACCUUGCUUCGGUACCUAAACAGACGGUCAUCAGACACAAAGAACUAAAGGGGGAAUAUGCUGAAAAGGAGCAAAACUCCGAAAAGAAUGACAGUAACAUCGAAUCCAACAUUAUGUCACUGACUGAUGAAUCUGAAGUGCAAAAUCAUGGUGAUAUACUAUCACAUUUAAUUCAGAACCAUAGGGAGAUAGUUGACAACAAUUUAAAUAUAUCAAAACCGAGAUUAGAGGCUGAACUAAAUACUCAUAACAGUGCCAGAGGAAAUGGACACAUUCCCAAUGGUGAUCUGACGCUACCAUUGAAUUCACGUGAAAGACUGGUGUCGACGUCACUCGUCAAAACUCCUGUGGUAGAUUGUGCCCUACAAGAUUUCCACCAACAUCGGCUUACUGACGGCAGCGACCCAUUUGAUUUGAAGUACAAUUUGUAUGCUGUAGUGUCACAUUCAGGCAUCCUAGGAGGUGGCCAUUAUGUGUCGUAUGCGUGCAAUCCAAAUGGACGGUGGUACUGCUACAAUGACAGCAGUUGUAAGGAGGUGAGUGAGUCUCAAAUGGACACCAGCUCAGCCUACAUGUUGUUCUACGAGCGAGAGGGGUUGGACCAGCAGCAGUACAUGCCUAGUGUUGCCGGCAAGGCACCCGACACACGUGAUCUCGAUGAUGAGUUCGAUUCGGAUCUUAAGAAACUCUGCUGCCUCAUGUGAGUCAGUGAGGUUUUGCCCUGUGACAUAUCUCAUUGGUCUCGUGUGAAUAUUUAUCUUCUCAUAACUGUGGUAAAAGCUAAAGUAUUGUAAAUUAUUUGUUAUUUUUUGUGUGUUGUGUAAAUGUAUGGUGAAAUGUCACUCGAAUGCAUGCAAAAUGUGUUAAAAGUGAGUGCCAUGCGAAGAUUGCUUUUAUUGUAAAUUGUUGAUCAGUGUGAAUAAGUUGCUCUUCUGUUUCAUUCAAAGUAUUUAUAGACUUUUGUAGUCUUAAUAUAAGGCAAUUUUUGCCCCCUUUAAAAUCAAAAGAAGUUAAUGCAGAGAAGACAGAUGUAUCAUACAAAGAAAAUUCAUACCUGAUGACACUUUUGUGCUUUGUAAUCAAUGUCAAUCUAUCUGCUUUAAAGAAUGUUUAUAUGUAUUUUUGUACACUAAUAUACCCAAUACCAUUAUGCCAUAUCUGUUCAUAGUACUCAAUCAUCUCAGGUUCUCACAAUUUAAGCUAUGUAUUUAGUUUAUAGGAAAAAUUAAUUUUGUUUACCAGCUGUCUUCAUAACAGAUGUCAUCUUCAGCAAUAUAUGAUUAGUUUUUCAGUACACAGAAUUGUUUUGCUUUUUGUACCAUACACCUUUUGUUUUAUGUGGUGUUGUACAAGAAACAGUAUAUGUGGCAUAAGACUGAUAGCCCAGUUCAUUUUUAUUAGAUAUAUGUUCCUUGUUGGAGGGUACAUGUGCUGACGUCCCCAAUUCUACAAGUUUAUAUUGCUAAUACCAUUAGAUCAGUGGAAUUCAUAACAUUAUUCCUUGAAAUCCAUUUGCCUGUCUAUAAUGUCUCUAUUUUAUUGACAUCAGUUCUUCAAUUUUGUGCAGUUUGCAGUAGAAUCUAAAGAAGAAACAUGUGAAAAAUCUUACAUUUCUUUAAGGGGUCUAUCAUGCCCAAAAUAUUCUGUGAAGUAUGCAAGCAUAAUGUUAUUAGUAAUGUGUAUAGUGUAUAUUUUGAACAAAACAUUAUUUUAAUAUCAUUACCUGCAUUGCAGUUUUUUUUCAAAGGGUGUUCUUCAUUAAAGUAUUCACAGCCAGUUUAUUUGCAUGUGAUGUGGAAGAGCCAUUAAGAAACCAAAGAGGAGAUUAUAUUUUAUAUUUUCUUUCAUGUUUUUAGUUUAUAUAUAAGAUAUUUAAAAUCACCAUGAUUGCAGUAAAUUCUGUACAAAGUAUGUGAUUGCCCUUGUUUAAAUGGGACACAGAUAUUUAAUUUUUGUAUGUUGUGUUUCCAUACACACGUUUUAUCAGCAUACCCUGCAUUUUCUUGUGUUAAUAUUGUUUUUGUAAUUUAAAUUAACCUCUUUUCCUCCCUUCACAUGACACUUUAAGUAAAUUAUAAUUUUUCUGUAAGUGUGCAUUGAUUCUGACUUACAAAAGAACAGUACCUAUGUAAUCAAUGUGUGGUAACACUUUCCCGGCAGUUUUGUUAAUUGAAACAUCAAAUAUUACAGUUUUUCAGAAUGAAGUUUGCUUAGCAAGUCAUUCUCCAGGAAUCCAAAUUUUGUCAUUGGUGGAUAAUCAUCUAUUAGUAACCCCUUUCACAGGACCAUCAAUACAGUUAAAGUUCAUAACAAUGAAUAUGUUACUACCCUGUGCUGCAUUGUGUGUUUUCUAGUGCACUUUUAAUAUAUUUUAUUAUGCCUGUACUAUUGUUUUUAGUGCCAUUUCCAUACACAUUUCAUAUUGUUUCUUUUUUAUAGAAAAAUGUCUAAGAAAUUUGUAUAUGAUCAUUAUUUACCUUUCCGCAUAAAAUUUAGUCCUCAGGUUCUUGCUGUUUCUUCUGUAAGAUAAACAACUCAUUAUUACCUUUAGUCAGUAGCAUUAUUCUCAGCAGAAUGUAGCUGUAUUUUCCAUUUACCAUGUAGUUAAAGCAACACUAGUCAGUAAAUGUUAUUAUGAACAUAUUAAAUUCACAAAAACUACAUUAUUUCUGUACCUUGUGAUCACUUUCAGAAGUCUGAAGAAAUAAAUUGUGUGUUAUUCUUUUAAUUAUGUAUGGAAAAAUAUUGAUUUAACAGUUGACAUGUGCAAGUCAUUUAGAUGUCUCAUACAAGUUUAUAAAUGUGUGUUGUAUAUAAAAUUGUUACACAUUUCACUGUUAUGUAAAUGAAAAUUAUAAAAAUAAUAAUAAUAGUUAUAGUAGUACUGCUAAUGUUCUGCCUUUAUAUUGCACACCUGUGUUAGAUAUUGAUGAGAGAUUAUUAAUACAGAAGAUAAAAUGAAGAUAAUGUGUGUGGAUAAAAAUACCAGGGAGCAAUUCAGCCUAAUUGUUGAUUUUUGCAAAAUAUAUAUGAAUUCCAGAGAUUACACUAUUGGUGAUAAUUUAAAAAAAAUUUUGUUACUGUAAAGAAUACGUUUAUUGCAUCUUUAUACAUAAUUUGUAAAUAUACAGAGAUAUUAUUGUUUUAUCAUAUAUCAGUGUGUGAGCUUUAAUAGAAAAUAAAGUGUUGCCUUAUUGUUUAGUGUGUAGGUGUGGCAGUAUUAUGCCAGCUGUGAAAAUGUAAAUUAGCAGAUGAUGAGUGAGUGUGAGUGAGUAUGUCUCCCAUAUUCAUUUUCGUGAAAAAGGUGUAUUUUCGUAGUAAACUAUUACAAGUAUUAUUAAUUGAAUAAAUCGAAUGAAAACUAUAUAAUUUAAAUGUAUGUUUGAUAGUUUUUAAGCUUUAAUGGUGUUUAUGAAAGAAGAUGAAUCAGACAUUAUUUUAUCUGUUGAGAUAGAAAUAAAAAUAUGUAUAGCCACUUUUUGAAUAGAAAUUUAUUCUUUAGUAUGGCUAUUUUCAGUGAGCAUUGUUAUCUCCCCUUAGAAUACAUGUAAUAAUGAUUCUGGUGUUGUAUAUUCUGUAGUUUUUAAAGUGCUCCUUCUGAGUUGUGUUGAACCACUAUAAAUGGUAAGUAACUUGUGUAACAAUUAGGCUGGAUAAUAAAAAUUUAAGAUGAGAGAAGAGCCAGUUGCUACAAAAUAUUUGGCUUAACUUUUAUGUGAUAAGUGGUCCACCUCCUUAGCAGAGUGGUCAACCUUACCAAAUGCCAUGCAGAGGACCCAGGAUCAAUUUCCGGUACUGCCAGGGAUGUUUCUUCAGUGGGAGGACUGGAAUGGGAUCGCAGCCUCGUAAUGCGUCAAUGAACUUAGACUGAGCAGCAGCAGCAGCUUCUGCUCACAAAAACUAACAAUGGCCGGGAGAGUUUUGUGCUGAUCCCACGCUCCCCGUACCACAUCCAAUUAUGCCACUGGCAGAGGAUGAUGUGGCGGUCGUUCAGUACCGAUGGGCCCGCUAGGGCCUAUGGAUAGAGUUUACAUUAUGUGCUGAAUUAGUGUGAAAAUAAUGCCCAACCUUUUUUUUUUUUAACUUAAAUCAUUGUGGCUCACACAAUUAUACAUUUGUUAAUAUCUGCUACUCGUGUUAAUAGUUGAAAUGUCAUCCUGUCUUUCUCAUGGCUGAAAUUUUACAGACUUGAAAAAUGAUCUUUUAAUGUUAUCACACAGAGUGCCACACACUGAAUUUGUUCUGAAAGUAUCUUUGUAGUGUAUGAUCUGUGUGCAUUAAACAAAACUUUGUUUCCCUUUUUUAAUAUUGCUUUCUAUAUUUGAUAUGGGUAAGAUGUUAGACAUUCUGCAUCAAGAAAAAUUAUUGAUUUCCAGGACUUAAUUGUAUAAUACUUUUCAGAUUAAAUAUCGAAUGGUUAUUCUGGCUCUACAGUCCAUUCUCAUGAAACACUGAUUUUGUGUAGUAAAACCUGCAUGUUUUGUGCCGAUGGAUUGAAAAAGGAAGGUGUGGCGACUGGGAAGCUGCAGUAUGAAUAGUUUUGGUAUCAUCAUCAUCCAUCAUCAUCAUCAUCAUCUGGUUGGUGCAGUAAAGUCAUACUGGAUAACUAUGGCAAAUAGCUGACAACUCAGCUUUUGAAGAGAGUAAGGAGCAAACAACUAAGUGGGCAACAGCAUGUUGUUCUUAUGAAGAACAGUAACAGUUCAAUUUAACUGUCAUUGGUAGGCUUGCUGGCCUAGUGUGGGUAGCCCAUCAUCUGCAGUCAUUACAGUUAGCUGAUUAGACUAAAUUAUCCUGACUGUAUGAUGAUUAUCCUGAUGUUAUAAAAAAUAGUCACUAGGAAAAAAGUUCAGUCAUAUUGCAGCUUUUGGGCACCCGUGUCUUCCUUUUUCAAAUAAUCAGAAAAGUUGAUAAUGCAGUUGCACAGAGGAAUAAAUUCUUAUUCAAAUAACUACUGGCAAUGUUUUUAUUUCUAUCUUUAUAUGAAAAUACAUAGUUCACCAUCCCCAUCAAUGUAUUUACAGAUGUUAUCCUGUAUGCUAUACUCUUUAAUAAAGUAUAUGCCAACUUCAGAAAAUGAAUAUGACACUGGAAAAGCUUGUUACAUUUUCUUCUGACUGACAGUUACAUUUUGUACAAUGCUUGAUUAUUGUACAAUAGUGCAGCAUUCUAGCAAGAUACAUUCCCUUUAUAAUUCAAAUUUGUUUGUAAAAAAACCCUAAGUAUUGACAAUUAGAAAUGAAAUGUAGAAAAUGUAUGUUGCAUUCCAUAUGCACGUGUAAGUAUUUUAAAGUGUAUUUUAUACAGUUUGAGUUAUCAUUCAUUAAGAUAUUACUUUCAAAUCUGUGACUGUGCUUGGAUAUAUCCUUAAUAUUUUGUAUCAAGAAAUGUUUUUAAAUGUGCAGGGACGGAAUUGUUUCAAACUUAAAACUAAGAUAUAUUGUGAUAUCAACUAGAAAUCUUAAUUCGUGUUUAGCAUCUCCUAGUCUUAUGCUAUAAUAUUUUCUGGAACCUGUAAUAUAGGGAAUAUAUUCAUCUAUUGGAUUACAGGCAUGAUAUAUUAUUCAAUGAUUUUAUGGCUUUUGUAGAAAGAUUAUAUCAUUUUGAAAUUGUUAAAUCUACUGCAGUCAAAGAAUGAUAAUCCAGAAAUGGAAAUGGUCAUACCUGUAUAUACUAUAUUACUUCCUGUGUUACUUGUUAUCAGAUUUAUGUAUACCUGUUGAUUGAAUAGAAUGCAUAGUAAACAGGAAAUGAUUUGUGCCAUUGUCAGGGAGGAGUAGCUAUGCACCUCCCUUUCAUUACAGUAUUCCUGAAAAUAUUCAGUUAAUAAAAGAUGAAAUAAAAUUGAA